CUCACCCGCAACCAAAGCCAUCGCCAGGGGCUGCACAAGAGGUGCUAACAAACCUGAACCAAUGACGUUGAACAGUAAGCCCCUGAAGCCCAACGGUAAACUGGAGGUGCCCGUAGAGGAGGCGAGCAGUCCACCUCGCACCACUCUCCUGGGGACCAUCUUCUCUCCCGUCUUCAACUUCUUCUCUCCUGCUACCAAGACGGCCACUCCUGAGUCUGGCUCCCCCGAGCAGGGGGGGUCGGAGGCUGAGGAGAUGACGAAGCAGCCGGAGACGGUGGUGGAGGAGAUGCCCACCAGUACCCCUGCAUCUACAGGGGGCGUCGUCCUGUCCUCUGUUGCCCCAGCUCCAUUAGUACCGCCACCACCACAGGCUCCUCUGGCUAUCCCAGAACCACCUGUCGAAGGAGGGCGGAUGGCUACAGAUAUGCUCCCUCUAACAGUCAGCUGUUACCCCCACGUCUCUCCCACGGCCCCUGCAGAGGGCACCUACGAGGAAGACUGGGAAGUCUUUGAUCC